UCCAAAAAUAUCCGGCGCGUAUAUUUUUCGCUAUUUACAAUUGACUUCGUCGAGUUCCACGUUUGUAAGAUGGCGACAAGGAAUAUGGUUCCACGGCUUCUCUUGUUCCUGUCCUUUCUGAACCUUUGCUCUGGAUUCUAUGUACCAGGAGUGGCUCCCAAGGAGUUUAAGAAAAAUGACCUUGUAGAGGUCAGGGCAGUAAAGAUGACCAGCACCAAGACUCAGCUUCCAUAUGAAUAUUAUUCACUCAGAUUCUGUGAGCCAAAGGGAGGAAAAGAAUAUAAAGUGGAAAAUUUGGGUGAAGUAUUGAGAGGAGACAGGAUUGUUAAUACUCCAUACGAGAUUAAGAUGGCUACAAAUAUGGCAUGUAAAGUUUUGUGUGACAAAAUCAAGCUCACUGCCAAGGAAUCAGCAUUGAUGGCAGAAAGAAUUAAAAAGAACUACUAUGUUCAUCUGAUUGUGGAUAAUUUACCCUGUGCUACACAGUUCAAGAUGAUGGACUCAGAUGAAGUCCAGUAUGAGCAUGGUUAUAAACUUGGAUUUGUUAAAGACGGAAAAGUUUAUCUAAACAACCACUUAAAGAUGCAUCUAAAAUAUCACACUGAUGACAAUGAAGACUAUAGGGUUGUGGGAUUUGAAGUCGAGGCCAAAAGUGUUCAGUAUGGAGAAUUAAACACAAAUGCUGAAGGAAGAUGUGACUACAAAAACAAGAAACCUGGGAGUGUUGUUCAGCUUCAGGAACUGAAAGAAGGUACAGUGCAAUAUAGACAUUUAAUUAAUCAUGAUACACUCUAUAUUAUAACCUUAAAGCUAUAUCUUGAUUAG